AUGUUAUUAUUAAUUAUUUACUAUGAAUAUUAUUGUAAUAAUCAAUUAUCAUCCAUAAAUACAUUAUUAGAUAUAAUUGAAAAUAAUUUACAAUUAUUAUCUGAAGAAUUACGAUUAUUUCGUGUUUUUAUAAAACCUGAACAAUAUAUGAUUGGAUAUACAAGAGAAAAUAAUAAUAAUAAUAAUAGAGAUAAAAAUUUUCUUAAUGAUUUAUUUAAACUCGAUUGUAAAGAUGAAUUUCAAUUAUCUUUACGUCAUAUGCUUGUCAAUCUUAUGGCAAUGAUUUUAUUAGGUGGACAACAAUCUUUUCUUUGGACAUUUAUGUUUCAACCAUUAACAUUACAAAAUACAUUUGGAUUUGGAUCAACAUCACAAAUUACCAUUCAAGCCAAUGGUGUUCAUUAUGAUUGUGGUUGUAUCCUUUCACAAAAUGGUGAUUUAUUACAAUUUGCGAAUAGAGCAAAUGAAAAUCCAUUAAAUAUUCCAGCAGUUUAUGUUGCUUAUUUUUCGACAUUCGGUGCAUUGGCAUGGCAUCUAUUAUUAUUUGAUAGAUCUGUUGAAAAUUUGCAUGGACCAGUUCUUUCACCAACAGCUAUUGCUGAUAAUACACCAGUUUAUCGACUUGCUGGUGAUAAUAUUCGAGCUAAAGUUUGUUAUUUUGUUUCUACGAGAUUAUUAUCAACAUUUCACUUUUUAUCAAUUCAAUUAAAUCAAAAUGAUGCUUGUAUUCUUUUGACUCGUUGUUUUUUUUAA